AUGGAGUUAGCGGAGAUUAAGAAAGUUAGUGUUGACAAUUUAAAGGAGUUUUUAGUUGAAAAUCACAAACAGUUUAGCGUUCUUAAUGUUUCGUUGAAAAGCAUUGCUAGCACGAAACGAACCAAUAUCACACUAAGCAAAAACAGUGUUCGGUCAUUUUAUAAGCAAGAACCAAAAACUAGUCUAACCGAAAAAGUGCGAAAGUUGGAAAAAGACUUAAAAGAUGAUUGCUUAACCGACGCCCAAAAUUGUGCUUACUUCAAAUACUUCAACCGGAAAGAAAAGCGGUUAUACAUUAGAUUUUUAGAUAAAAUUGAGGCUAAUUUUGAAGGAACGGAGGCCAGACAACCUGCCCUUUUUCUCACUCUCACUUUUAACACUACGCAAGAUAAUUUAUACGCUUUCACUACGAACGCCGACCCUAACCAUGAAUGCUGA